CUCUGUACUACCAUCUCAUCCAUCUUAUCUCCUGCAUCCCACCUUCUCGGCUUUCGGGCAAGUCCUGCGUGCCUUCGUUCGCCUGUCGAUGAUUGCCGACGUGUUUCCUCGCGAUGGAUACCGAAAGAGGGUGCUGCUUGGUGCUGCAUCAAUAGCGCUUGGAGAUCUGCAAUUCUCCCUCCAUUUGAAGACACAAACGUGCAUUCGCAGGAUCUAGCGGGCGCCGUGGCGAUGUGUUUCUCUUCGACGUUGCACAACAAUGCCGCCGCCUUGGCCUACCCUGCAUUGACGAUCUGCUCCGCAAAAUAAGUACCGCGCACUCCGCAAGCUCUCGUUUUCACGGCAUGCGUUUGAAGUCGAUCUGGCCUACCUCCUAUUUCCCACUGCAAUGGCGCGGCAAUUCUCAUACGAUAAGGAGGCACACGUUGCGUCCUCAGAUGCUGAGGACAGCUUAAGCCGCGAUGGCGACGUUAUCGCCCAAACCCGAGUCGAGCGUGUGUUCAACACGAUUCAAUUCUUCGCUCUCAGCAUUACUUUUAUGAGCAUCUGGGAGGCUGUUGCCGGCAAUCUAUACACCGUGUUUUACAAUGGCGGCCCGCAGACACUUGUCUGGGGCUUUUUGCUCGUAUGGGCAGGCGCCAUGGCACAAGCUGCUUCAUUGGCAGAAAUGGCGUCCGUUCAGCCCAUCUCUGGGGCGAUGUAUCACUGGACAUAUGCUCUGGCGCCAUUGAACAUAAGACGCUUCGCAACUUGGAUGCAAGGAUGGAUUACCUGGGCCGGUUGGCUCUCAAUGACAAUGGGAAUUGGCAAUUCAACGGCUUAUUGGAUCACCAGUCUGGUUCAGCUAAAUUUUCCAAACUACCAGGCCAAGCUGUGGCACAGCACACUGAUGAUCUGGGCGGUGCUACUCCUUACGACAAGCAUCAACUUGUACAAGUUCGGCAAGCUCGUGCCCUGGAUAGAAACUGUGGCAGGCUGUCUCCAUGUCUCCAUGUUUGUGGUAUUCAGCAUCGUACUGCUGGUUUUGGGUCCUAAGCACAAUGCCGACUUCGUCUUUUUCAGCAGGGUCGACUCUGCACUCACUUCCGGUUGGACUAAUGAUUUCGUCAGCUGGAAUCUAGGCUUACAGACUUCGGUGUGGUGUUUCGUUGGAUUUGAUUCUGCAGUCCAUCUUGCAGAGGAGGUACGAAAACCAGCCAGGACCGUGCCAUCCGUGAUGGUCCUGACUAUUCUCAUCAAUGGAGCGAUGGCUUGGCUUUUCAUUCUGGUCAUUCUCUUCACCAUGGGAAACCCCGACGACGCACUCAAUUAUCCGCAGCCCAUGCUUGCAGUGAUGCUCAACGCCACAGGGUCGGCUCGUGGUGCCACCGCGAUGGGCUCCUUGUUGGUAGUGAUUUCCAUCUGCGCCAUGAUUGUCAACGUGGCUUCCAUGUCGCGUCUAAGCUGGUCUUGGGCCAGAGAUGGUGCUCUGCCAAAAGUACUUGCAUACGUUGAUUCUGUCAAACGUGUGCCCGCACGAGCUGUACUACUUUCGGUAGUCAUUGUGGUGCUUCUUUCACUCGUCAACAUCGGCAGCAGCGUCGCGCUACAGGUCUUCAUCUCGUUGAGUACGCUGGCGAUGUACAUCAGCUAUUUCAUCGCCAUCCUCGUGAUGCUCUUGCGACGGUUCGGGUCGAGUUCGCCACAAAUGGGACCAUGGACAAUGGGACGCCUAGGGUCGACAGUCAAUGCAUUUGCCUUGAUUUACACGGCCUAUGUCAUCAUCUGGCUGCCUUUCCCAACCACCAUGCCGAUCACUGGGGCGAACUUCAACUACAGCAGCCCGAUUCUGGCUGCUGUAGUACUCAUUGCCGUUGGCUGGUGGUUUGUCAAGAGGGACAGUUGGCCUGGACUGCGUGAGGACAUCAUCGAAGUCGCCAUCACCAAGGAUUAA